AUGACGAAGACCGCACCGUUGCCAGAGCCCGAGCAGACCAGCACACCUGAAGCCCUGCACACCUCAAGACCAGCACACCUGAAACCCUGCACAACCGAAGACCUGCACACCUCAAGACCUGCACACCUCAAGACCAGCACACCUGAAGCCCUGCACACCUCAAGACCAGCACACCUGAAGACCUGCACACCUCAAGACCUGCACACCUCAAGACCUGCACACCUCAAGACCAGCACACCUGAAACCCCUGCACAACCGAAGACCUGCACACCUCAAGACCUGCACACCUCAAGACCUGCACACCAAGACCUGCACACCUCAAGACCAGCACACCUGAAACCCUGCACAACCGAAGACCUGCACACUCAAGACCGGCACACCUCAAGACCUGCACACCUCAAGACCAGCACACCUGAAACCCUGCACAACCGAAGACCUGCACACCUCAAGACCGGCACACCUCAAGACCGGCACACCUCAAGACCGGCACACCUCAAGACCUGCACACCUGAAGCCCUGCACACCUCAAGACCUGCACACCUCAAGACCUGCACACCUCAAGCGAUACACACCUGA